UUGCACAGAUACUGAAAACAAAAACAUAAAACAGCGCUGCUCUCCCAUAAGCCGUGCGUCCGACGUUUCCUCACUGCACCUGAAGGCAGCACGACACAUGCACACAGUCCCCGCAGUCCACAGCGCACACAGCCGCUACCUGCCAGGCGGAAUGGACGUAUCCUCCGGUACCCCCAGCUUCAUCCUCAGCCCAGCGGAGCCGCGGGAGAAGCCAGGGCCGACAUGACAGCGCCGGGACGGGAGAAGAAAGCCCGCCAGAAGCCGCGGCUGACCGUCCGGCUGGAGGCGGUGUUGGCUGCGGGUCGCUACGCCGUGCUGGCCGCCCUGUGCGCCCUGUGCUACGGCAACUCUCUCCGCGGGGAGUUGGUGCACGACGACGUGUGGGCUAUCAUCAACAACCCGGACGUCCGACCGGGCUCCAGCCUCAGGAACAUCUUCAACAACGACUUCUGGGGCAAGAGGAUGGCGGACAACACGAGCCACAAGUCCUACAGACCGCUGUGCAUCCUCACCUUCAAGUUGAACAUCCUGCUGGGCGGCAUGACGCCUCUCUAUUUCCACAUCGUCAACGUGUGUUUGCACUGCGCCGUAACCUGCCUGCUCAUGCACACAUGUGAGCGCUACGCAUUGGAAGACUCGCGCCUGGCCUUCGUCACGGCACUCCUCUUUGCUGUGCACCCUGUCCACACCGAGGCCGUGUCUGGUAUCGUGGGCAGGGCUGACGUCUUGGCCUGUCUGCUGUUCUUACUGACGUUCCUCUCCUAUAUCAGGAGUGUGGGUGUGUGUGUCUCUGAAGAUUGUCUGCCCUCCACGGUGUCAGUGGGGUGUCUGCUGGUCAGUUUGUUGCUGGGCACCUGCGCCAUGCUGGUCAAGGAGACAGGCAUCACCGUGUUUGGAGUGUGCGUGCUCUACGACGCCCUGGUGCUCUGCCGCAAGCCUCUCAUCUACCACCUGUCCGGCUCCAGACUCAGGGACCUCCUCCACAUCUGCAGUCCCUUCAUCAAACGAGCUGGCCUCAUCUCUGGCUAUGUGGUAAUCAUUAUGUCGGUCAGGCUGUGGCUGAUGGGAGGAUCCAUGCCUCUCUUCUCUGAACAGGACAACCCCGCCUCCUUCUCACCUCACCUGCUCACCAGGAUUUUGACCUAUUCUUACCUGCUGUCCUUCAACGCCUGGCUGCUGCUGGCCCCCAUCGUGCUGUGUUACGACUGGCAGGUGGGAAGUAUUCCCCUGGUGGAGUCGCUGGGCGACGUGCGCAACGUAGCCACCGUGCUGCUCGCCGUGGUGAUGGUCGCGCUCUGCCUGCACUGCGCCCUCUCACUGCAGAGACAGGAGAGCAGGGAGGUGUUGGUGGGAAUGUUGUUCCUGGUCUUUCCCUUCAUUCCUGCCAGUAACCUUUUCUUCAGGGUGGGAUUUGUUGUGGCCGAGAGGGUUCUCUAUAUGCCAAGUAUGGGCUACUGCAUCUUGGUGGCUCACGGCCUGGGUCGGCUGUGCUCGGUGGUGGGCCGCUGGGGCACCACGGUCCUCAGCGUCUCCAUGCUGCUGCUGCUCCUGCUCUUCUCCUGGAAGACCGUCCAGCAGAACCAUGUCUGGCUCUCCAGGGAGGCCCUCUUCCGCUCUGGUAUCCAGACUCUGCCUCACAAUGCCAAAGUCCACUACAACUACGCCAACUUCCUGAAAGACAGCGGCCGGCACCACGAGGCCAUUCACCACUACACCAUGGCCCUCAGGUUAUACCCCCGCCAUGCCAGUGCCAUGAACAAUCUGGGCACUCUCACUCGCAGCCCGGAGGAGGCUGAGCGCUACUACAGAAAAGCACUGGACAUCAACCCUCAGCAUAACCGAGCUCUGUUUAACCUAGGAAAUCUCCUCAAGUCCCAGGGGAAGGAGGAAGAGGCAGUAACUCUGCUGAAGGAGUCCAUUCGCUACGGUCCACAUUUUGCUGAUGCGUACUCCAGUCUGGCGUCCCUCUACGCUGAGCAGAAACGCUUUGCUGAAGCCAAUGAAGUGUAUCUGAAAGGUAUAGAGAACUGUCCAGACAGCUCCGACCUGCAUAACAACUACGGAGUGUUUCUGGUGGACACGGGAGAGGGGGAGCUGGCAGCCGCUCACUACCAGCAAGCUGUUAGACUCAAGCCAGCACACUAUGUUGCCAUGGUGAACCUGGGCCGCCUGCUCCGAUCAUCCAAUGAGAACAAAGAAGCCGAGUCUUGGUACAAGAGGGCCCUGCAGGUGACGAGAAAGGUUGACAUCCUGACUCCACUCGGAGCUCUCUACUACAACACGGGCCGCUACGAGGAAGCCUUGCAGGUGUACAGAGAGGCCGCCACCCUGCAGCCAGACAGCACCGACAUCUGGCUGGCUCUGGCUCAGGUCUUAGCUAUGGCCGGUCGUACCAAAGAGGCAGAGAAGAUGACCCUGGACAUCAUAUCCAGAGAGGGCAGCUGUAUUGAAUGCUACCGCCUCCUGUCUGCCAUCUACAGCAAGCGUGGCAACUACACAGAGGCUCUCGAAGCUCUGGACAGGGCUCUGCUGCAGAAUCCCAGUGAUCUGACUGUGAGAGCAGAGCUGUAUUUCUCCAAAGGAAACCAGCUGCGAGAGAUGAACCAGCUGGACCGAGCUUUUGAGAGCUACAAGCUGGCUGUGGAACUCAAACCUGACCAGUCCCAGGCCUGGAUGAACAUGGGAGGGAUUCAGCACAUUAAGGGAGACUAUGCAGCAGCCAGGAUGUAUUACCAGCGAGCCCUGCUUCUGAGCCCCGGUUCCAAACUGCUAAAGGAAAACCUUGCCAAGCUGGACCGGCUGGAGAGGAGACUGACAGGUGGGGCAUAGACUACCACAAUUCCCCAGAUACUGCACCAUCGUGGGCGCAGAUCAGCCGAGCAGGGCACCACCCAGCUUCUGGAGCCCAAACACCAGCCACACUAGGCUGCUGGAUAAAACGGACCUGGUUACUGAGACCUGCCUGUGCGAGAGCAGAGGAGGAGGGUCCAGUUGACCCGGCAUGCUGGAAUCAAGGAGACUGGUCAAGCCACAGAAGCCUUUUCCAGGGUAGGCAGAAGGCAAUGGCUGGUUUAAGACCACUGGGAGCUUGUGUGUUGCCCUAAAUACAUCAGCUUUACUUCAUCUGCUUCAGACAUCUGUGUUUGAUUGAUUUAUUGUUUAGGAUCAUGUGAAGUCUUUUAUUUUAUGGCACUUAAUCACAGAUUAUAAUUCAGUCCUCUGCUCUGCCUAUGAGAAUUAUUCAUUAUUAUAUUUACAUUAGUGCAGUGAAAGUUUGUGGAAAAUGUUAUUAUGAAGGAAAUGAGCAUCUUGACAAAAUUUUGACCUUUGGGAGCAAUAUUUGUAACUAAGUGAUUGAAGCUCAAAGGCCGACUUCCUAGGCAAAGGUCUUCUUCAGCGAAUGGAGCUCACUUGGGUGUCAUCCCACACGCAUAAAAACAUCGGUCACAUGAAGACCGGUGGUCAGUCAGUGUUGACCAGGAGUCAGUGCACAGCCACAGAAAAAUCAAGGAGGACAUUCACAUCCAACACCAAACCAGAGUCACAAGCAGGGUUGGGGAAGUUUCUUUAAAGAUGUAGCUCAUGAGGCUACAUGCUGGUCUUCGCUGGAAUCAAUAAAGGUACAACAACACUACACUGCGGUUAAAAGUAGUCAAUUCAUAGGACAGGUUGGCUGUCGUUCCCACUCACAGACAGCACAUUAACCAGAUAACAGCAAAGUUUAAUUUGGCCUUUUCGCAAGUAACAUAUGACAGUAAUGUUAAAUAACUACAGCUAAUAUGAUUUGCUGCAGGCAACAUUUGUCAUUUAAGCCAGCAAAAAGCACCAAGUAAACCUGAACCUUUACAUGUUUGAUUGUGAUAAUCGGAGGUAUCAUUGGUUGUGCAGUGUAGGGCUUGUUAUUCAAAGCAUGUAAUUUAUUACUCAUUACUCUUUUUAAAAGUAAAAUAAUUACUUAUUAGUCCCUGUUAACAGUAAUUAGUUACACUACUAGUUAUAUUACUUUUCUGCCACCCCCUAUCAAAUUGGUAAUUGUGUCCUUUCUCCCACAAAUUCAGACUUAUAACGAUUAAAAUCCAGUUUUGUUUCUCAAAAUAAUGGAAUAUUUCCAGCUGCUGAAUGUAAGUGUUUCCAUCUUUCAUGCUAGUUUCCUGUUUUGUGAUGAGUACAAUGACAAAAAUGAUGUGAUGUGAAGGAAGUGAUUGGAUGGUUGGAUUUCAGAUCAGUAUGAGGUUGGAACUAAUGACUUUGGAGGGGUAACUGUAAUAUUAUUACUGACAUUUAUUAGAAAAUAGUUACACUACUAGUUACUGGGGAAAGUAAUAUUAUUACUCGUAAUGCCUUACUGGCCAAUACUGGUAAUGUACAAUACAAUUGGCUGCUGUCAGACUGAUUCAAACUAUGUCUUUUGUCAGUAAAAGAGCCAGUUUACUGCACACUUUUUAUAAAAAUCAUUUCGGGGGGGAUAGCUACAGAUUUCAAUUCAAAAAUAAAGUGAAAUCACAUGAUGACACCUGGGCCAGCUCGGUUCACUGAAGAGAUUCAGUUGAAAGCUCUGAAAAGCUAAUAAGUGGACCUUUGAGUUUGGAUUGUUGUGUUGCACAUGAAGAGAAUGGUUUGACAUAAUAUAAAACAGAGCUCUAAGAUUAUCUGAUUUAUCAGAUAAGUGGGAAUGUUUCAUAAAAGCUACGCUCUCCUUCUCCAUAAAUUCUACUGUUCAUCUGACCUCCUUUUCCAGAACUGGCUGCAGUAUAAGACUGAUGUUGCGAGCCUUCUGCAAGUAUAAUAAGCUAGUGUGUCCACUCCUGUGUGCGGAAUCUUCAUGCGUACCUCUGAGGUCGCAGUUUGGUUGCUUGUUGUGGGUUUCUUGACAGUGAUGUUGAUUGUGAAUGAAUUUUGUUGUGGAAUGACAAUUGGAUGAAAAAUGAAGUGACUAGUGCAAUGACUGACUUGCACCAAGAAAAUAAAGUAUAUGUUUUAUUAAA